AUCGGAGAAACGCAUAAAUAGAUCGGCAUUGUGCCCAAGUGACGUCAUUUACGUAGUGACAAGAAUUUGUGACACAUCCGAAGAAACGCCAUAUUAUUGCGCCAUAGUAUAUUUUCUGAAGUUCGAAAAUGCCAAACAUCAAGUUACAGAGUUCCGAUGGGGAGGUUUUUGAGGUGGAUGUAGAAGUCGCUAGGCAGUCGGUUAUCAUCAAAACCAUGCUCGAAGACCUCGGCAUGGAUGAGGAGGACGACGAUGCCAUCCCUCUCCCCAACGUCAACUCCACCAUCCUCAAGAAAGUGCUCCAGUGGUGCCACUACCACAAGGACGACCCCCCUCCACCAGAAGACGAUGAGAACAGAGAGAAGAGGACCGACGAUAUCUGCGCCCAUGACCAGGAGUUUCUUAAGGUGGACCAGGGCACCCUCUUUGAGCUUAUUCUGGCUGCCAACUACCUUGACAUCAAGGGUCUACUCGACGCUACAUGCAAGACGGUAGCUAACAUGAUCAAGGGCAAGACUUCAGAAGAGAUCCGAAAGACUUUCAAUAUCAAGAAUGAUUUCACUCCUGCAGAAGAAGAGCAAGUGAGGAAAGAGAACAGUUGGUGUGAGGAGAAAUAGGGCACUUGUACUCGAUCACCACUUCAAUAUAUUUUAUGCAGACCAUGUUGAUUGCACGAUGUUUGUAUAUAUGUAGGUCCCAGCUCUAUAUUAUCCUUACGGCCAGUUGAUGUAUAUCCAGCAUGUACAUGAUUGCCAAGCAAGGAACAAUACUUAACUUUGUUCCCCAAUGGACAUCUAUUGGUACAUAAGAAAAUUUAAGACUUUUUAGAUGUUUUUUGCUACUGGUCACAUUUUGAGUUUGUUUCAUUGAAAUGGCAAUUCCGCCAAAAAACAGGUUAAAUUUUCUCCAUUACCAAUUUUUAAAAAUUUAUGAUUAUCACAAGAUGGUAUCUCAUAUGAUACACAGAAACCUGUGCAUAAAGACCAAUCGAGGGAGACAAGGAGAGUGGUCCUCAUAGGCAGGCGAUUGUUAUGUCCAGGCUCUUUUGACACUUCAGGUCUCAAGGAGAAACACCGCCCAAGCUAACAGAAAUAUGGUCUUUAUAAACAGGCGUUUGCUACACCAGGUUUCGCUGUAGGGGUAAGGUGAUAUUUUGCAUUACUGCAAGACCGUGGACGACAUCUUUCAUGAUCAUUGCUUAACAACAAGAUACAUCUUGGGAGUAUUUUGGCUGAAUCAUUGAACAAUUGCGAAAGUAAUUUUUUUCACCUUUGACUCUCUUCGCUUCAGAAUUCUUUGAAAUUAGAAGUCUUAUGGCAAGAAGCUACUUCCUGGUUCAAAAUGUAUGAAAUAUUUAUCUCUCGGCCAUUGCCACUGUCACCAAAAAGUAAAUCUAAACUUGGCAUGUAUAUUUCAAUGUCAAAUUUUAAUUUUGACCAAAUCAAAAAGUUAGACCUGGAUUUAAAAAUCAUACCGAGAUCGGCUCUCCCGGUCUCAAUCAACAACUAGGCACAUGAGACAAGUAUAUCAGGCAUUUUCAUUAGGAAUUGAAUGCUUCAAAAGAAAGCAACAUAAACAAGAUAACAUUGUGCAAGCAAUAAAUGCUAUAUUGUUUGAUAGCUGUAGGUGCCCUUUACCCUAAAUUUGUCUCUAAAUAUUUGUUUUAAUGUUGUUGUUUUUUGGAUUGUAUAAAACAACAUCAGAGUGGAGGUGAAUUAACAUUGCCUGACCAAAUGAGUUCUUGCUUGAACAUGUGAAGAAAAAAAACCGGCUGUUGCCUGCAUUAUGUGUAUGUACAUAUAUUAAAAAUAACAGAUUGUCGCCUGUAGGGGAAACAAAAUUGUGUUUAUAAUCAGUUGAAUAUCACUGCUGUUGAAAAUACCUUUUUGGACACUGAUUUACCUAUGAAUUGAAGUGCUAAUAUUCUUUCUGGUGAUUUUUUAGGGAUCUUUGGGGCGUGAACUGAGACCAUUAUUAUUUUCAAUCAUUUUUAAAAUUUGUCAUCCUGCUAAAGAUUGUCCUAUGCAAAACAAACAAAAUAAAAAGAACAAGGAAAUUGAUAAAUAUAAACAGUUGUGUAAGUUACAAUAAAUAUGUUGGAGCAUCAGAAACACAACAUUUUGGUAUCACUACAAACAAAAAAUAUUUUCAUCUUAUUAAGCCCAUCAUGUCAGACCUAUUGGAGGGGCAAAACUUUUUCUUGUAAUGUAAUAAGAGAUGUUACUUGCAUUCUAAAGAUGAAAGCUUCGUAUUUGAAUGUGUAGUUUAUUCUAUGCACUCAAGUGUAUGUGAUUAAACAUGUGUUUAAGUGCAGGUCAGACCUUGGCGAUGACAAUACCAAAUAACUGGAUUUCUCAUUAAAGUUCCACGUGACAGCUGCCCUACUAUUAAUAUACAUGAGCGUACUCUCACAUACACAUAACAUAGUAGGCUGUACCUUCAAUUGAAAACGUUUUAUUAUCAUUAUCGUUGAGGUCUGACUGACCCUUUAUAGAGAAAGGUCGAUGGUUGAAAACUAUUCAAACAGAGAUUUGUUGUUCAUUCUCAAAAUUCAACAAGUUCACAAGCACUGAUUUUGGUCCUUACUCCAUCCACAAUCUACCAGCUAUUAUGAGAAUUCGUAUCUGAAAAAAAAUGGAGUCACAUUCAAAAGUUGUCAAGUUCUGAAAGCAGUGAGGCAAUUGGGGUGAGGUUAAGUAAAAGAAGGCAUUUGUAACACUUAAUAAAAUGCAUGAGGCUGGAAUCGAUGCACCAUGGUGAGAUUUUGGACAUCUCGACAACUUUGUAUUUGAUUUUAAUCCAUUUGAUUGAGUCUAUCGUAAGCCUGCCUUUAAUCAUUAUAAAGCUUUCUACAAAUAAACCACUAGUGAAAGUGUGUCUCUCAAGUGUAUUUUAUAAAUGUAUCUUUAAGUAUAUGUCAUAUAAGCUGAUGUACAUGCAUAUCUCUGUUUCUUAUUUGUGCUCAUGUUUAUUCAAAAACUUUAAUUUAUUUUCGGUUUCAUUAUCACAGCCUACACAUAUACCUGUGUAGGUUAAUACUUCCAUGCAUAUAUACAUGUGAUUUAGUUUAUUUAGGAAAGUUAUUAGAAAAAAAAGGUUGUAAUACUGGCCUAUUUCUUUGAAUUUAAAGAUCAAGUAGGGUUCUCAUAUGGCAGAGUCUUUGAUUAAUUCUGCAUGCAUUAUUUUAGGACCUGUGUUUUUUAACUUCUUGUAAUCUUAAUGCACAGUUCACAUGAGACCUAUAAUGCACAACUACAUAUUGAAAACAUAUAACUCGAUGUGCAUGAUUAUUGAUUAUUUCGUUUGAACAAUUGUACAUUUUGUCACGUUCAAUUUGUCCAAAUUGCAAAUGAGAUGAAAUUGUAAGAACUGAACAUUAACUCUUUAGAAAUGACACAAGUAUAGUUCAUGUAGUUAUAAAUAAUGACAUAGUUUUUAAUACAUGUAUGUCUUUUGCUUUCUCAAAAGAUAUUCUUACAUUGUUGUAGUGAAGUGUAUUUUGAAUGAGGGGGGGGGGGGCUGGCUUUUCAGUAUUGCCCCUAUAAACUGCUCCUACAACAGCUAAAACAUAUGGUUUCUGGUGUAGAAUGCAAUUGUGUAUCGUGUAUCAAUUUUCUCAUAACAGUUUUAUGCUUACAUGAAAACGUUCAAAGUGUUGGAUUCUAGUUGAGUUGGAACACACAGUUAUCACCAUGUAUUUGUGUCAUUUAGAUAUGAGGGGAUUGGUAAUUUUGAGAGAAAGAGAUAUUUCAUUAAGUUAACUGUAUUUAGCCCAAAUUUUUGAUUGAAAGCUAGAUAUUACCCGAUUUAUAGUUCACUGAUUCAUCAUGUGUUGAAUGACCACCUCAUCCUGAACCAAAUCACAUUGAAAUUCUGUCAAUGAAAUUCAAAUCUGAAUUGAACUUUGUCAAGAAUUUGACAUAAUAUCAUCUGUUGAGAGACAGAAGGGUGUUAAUUCGGUGUCAAAUUGUACGUGUUAACGACCUUCUGGCUCCAACAGACGAUAUGAUAAAUUCAUGAAAAGUGAUCAUUUUGUUCAAAUAGUUGCAGAGUUGAAUUGAUCUGUACAUGAUGAAGGGAUUGAGACUUCUGCACCAUCAAUUACUGGACUAAGUUGAGAGUUAUACCUGAAUUCAAAUUAGUUAAUCCAUGUUAGUUAGCGGGAUCUUUUUUUAGCAUGCAAAUCGGAUUUGAAGUGUUAUGUCUGUUUUGAAAUUAAAGUGUUAAUUUGUGAUAAAAUUAUAACCCC